AUGAAGGUGGUCAGUAGCUGCAAUGCUUCAAAAACACUAAAUGCCAAUAACAUGGAGCCAUUAACUGGUUGUCAAUCAGAGGGUGAUAUCAAGGAACACCCCCUGUUGGCAUCAUGUGAGAGUGAAGAUAGUAUUUGCCAGCUAAUUGAAAUUAAGAAGAGAAAGGUAUUGUCCUGGCCCUUUCUCCUAAGAAGGCUUUCUGCUUCAUCCGACUUUUCUGGGCAUUUGGAGCCAGAGUUGAAAACGUCACUCUUUGACCAGCCCUUGUCGAUUAUCUGUGGUGAGGACAACUCACUACCCAGACCCAUUCAGGAUAUUCUUACAAUUCUAUGCCUUAAAGGCCCUUCGACUGAAGGAAUAUUCCGGAAAGCGGCCAAUGAGAAAGCCCGUAAAGAACUUAAGGAGGAGCUCAACUCAGGGGGCACAGUAGAUUUAGAAAACCGCCCCGUGCACCUUCUGGCCGUGGUUUUAAAGGACUUUCUGCGGAGCAUCCCCCUAAAGCUGCUGUCCAGUGACCUGUUUGAGGAGUGGAUGGGCGCCCUGGACAGGCAGCAUGAGGAGGACAGAAUCGAGGCCCUCAAACAGGUUGCUGAUAAACUUCCCCGGCCCAAUCUCACUCUGCUCAAGCAUCUGGUCUACGUGCUCUACCUGAUCAGCAAAAGCUCUAGCACCAACAAGAUGGACUCAAGCAACCUCGCCAUCUGCAUUGGCCCCAACAUGCUGGCCCUAGAGAAUGACCAGAACCUGUCAUUCGAAGCCCAGAAAGACCUGAACAAUAAGGUCAAGACUUUAGUGGAAUUCCUCAUUGAUAACUGCCUAGAAGUCUUUGGGGACCACAUCCCGGCACCUUCCAGCAUCACUUCCGACGACUCCCUGGAACACACGGAUAGCUCAGAUGUGUCAACCUUGCAGAACGAUUCGGCCUAUGACAGCACAGACCCUGAUGCUGAGUCCACUAGUGUCGGCUGCUCUCAGAGCGGGAGGCUGCAGUGUCCACGUGAGCCAGACCUGAAGCCCAUUGUCAGCACUGUGGCCAGGCUGAAAGGCUCCCUGGAUCAACCUGACAGGAGGUAUUCCGAACCCAACAUGUCAUCCUCACCAGAGUGCCUUGAGCCUGGGAUCACAAGGCAAAAGCUAACCAAGAGUGAGGAUAACUUCAUCGUGCCCCCAAAAGGCUCUCGUUUUGAAAGUGAGGAACCUGAAGACCCAUUCCCAGAAGAGGUGUUUCCUGCAGUGGAAGGCAAACCCAGAAGAUCACUGGACCUAAAGGCAAAGAGCAUGGGUCAGGGCCCAGGCUUCCCACGUGGACUGUUCCCAAAGGUUGUCUCCAGUGGCUCCUUGGAUGGAUCCUCUGACAGUUCCCCCAUGGUGUCUCCAUCCAGUCCCAAAAGAAAUUUCUUCACCAGACACCAGUCCUUCACCACAAAGACUGACAAAGGGAAGCCCAACCUAGAAAGAAAAAAACACUCCAUGUCAUUCUCUUUUGCCCCUCACAAAAGAGUGCAGGCCCAAACCACCAUCUGUGGGGCUGAAAAAUGCAAAGACUUUCCCAAAAACCACUUGAAGAAGAGUUUUAAGAAAGAAAGCCAGCUUGCUGGCCGCAUCGUCCAGGAAAACUGGUCUGAAAUCCACAGCCAAACGGCUCUGGAUUUCAGCUCAAGACCCCAUACCGUCUCAGUUGAUGAUGUGUUUCAACAAGUGGAUCAGAGAACUCCUGGAAAUCCACCAUCUUAUGAAGAGGCCAUUCAGUGCCAAGCAUUCGAACUCGCUGCCUACAGGAGCCAAACUGUCCAAAGUAUGAGGGAAAGAAUGCUCAGUCAAGACUCCAUACAACCACCACUCGUACCUUCCCUCCAUGUAGAGGAUUCAAAAUGCACAUUCAGUCAAGGGACACUAAGUACACAUAGACUGUCUCCCAUGACUGAGAGCUGGACACAAAGCAGGACUGUGUGUGCCUCUGUGGAAACUAAAGAGGAAGUGACUCUUCUAGGGAGAUCCACUCUUUACCGACUGAGAACAGAGUCAGAGUCCAGAGACAAGAACAAGUGGGACUAUCGAGUACAGCGUUGUAGUCAGCCUGUCUUUGAGGCUGACCAAUUCCAAUAUGCUAGAGAAUCCUACAUUUAG